GGUAGAAUGGGUCGUAUCCGGUUAAGACCAGACUCCGCCAGGUUCCAGAAGGUUAAGGAUUCAAACCGUAUUCGUAUAUCCAUACAAGAGGAUGAGGAUGAGAAAGAUAAUGUUUACGGAUUUCUCUCAGGACGGACUAUAUUUGUUGACUCCGGGUACUCUGAUGAGUUCGGUAAUACUAAGAAUAUUAUGGACUUUAUCAGGGAUAACCUGGAGAUAUUCAGUGAUAUUGAACUCAGGUUUAAAGAUCAGAGUAUAAAAAUAAAUUCAUUGGUUGUUGGGUUUCUUUUCCCAGCUCUAGAGGAUAACCCUGAGCUUGAGGUUGUAAUUCUACCAGACCAGUCCUUGGACGAGUUCUUACAAAACCUUGACUUCUUCAUGCUCCAGGCUUCUCUUAAACCAACUUCACAACAACCGGUUCAGUUGGAAGAAAAGCAUGAAAUAGAUGAAGAUUCUCCUCCCUGUGCGAGCCAUACUCCCCCUCUGAGGUUUAUUUUACCCAAACCACCGGAGAAUAAUCCUUCUCCAGUUUCUAAUCUCGGGUCCGAGUCUGUAGCAGAGUCCUUGUAUCGGAAACCUGAACCUGGAGAUAUUAAUCCACAAUUAAACCUUGAUCUUGAAGCAAAGAAAAAAUUCUCCAGAAGCCUAGAUAAUGAUGAAUCCAACGCUAAAGAAAACCAAGCCCCUACAUUAUCCUGCCGAGUCUGUAAUGCUAGUUUCGACUGUCCAAAAACAUGUUUUACGCAUGAAAUUGUAGAUUGCGAUAUUUUCAGUUCUAGCAAACCGGCGGUGAAGAAAACGACGAAUUGGAAGAAUUUGACUUCUUUGAACCCCAACCUUACUUGUGAAAUAUGUAAUCAAAUAUUUCAAAGUAGACGAGCUAGAAACAUACAUCAGAGACAAGAACAUAAAAAUAUAUUUCCCUCCAACUAUUACUGUUUGUACUGUGACAAAGUAUUCGCCAACAGCAGCUGUUUGACCAGUCAUCUUACUCUUCAUUCAGAGGCCAAAGAGUUUAUGUGCGACGCAUGCGCCAUGAAUUUCCGAACCUUAAAAGCUCUGCAGAACCAUCAGAUAAGAGAACACCACGAGGAACUGCACGAUGUUAAGAAGUAUGAAUGUAGUUUCUGUGAUAAAGUAUUUAGAUUUCCUGCUCAUCUUAACUCUCACGAACGAGUCCACACCAAAGAGAAACCCUACAAAUGUGAAAAAUGCGGGAAGGGAUUUUCUGUGAAAUGCAACUUGAAUAUGCACAUGGAGACGCAUAAAAAUAUGGAUGAACGCAAAUUUAAAUGUACCCAGUGUUCUCAUGCAGCAACCAGUAAGAUUCUGUUGGACCUUCACAAUAACACUCACCUAGGUCUCAGACCAUUCGUCUGCCAGUCUUGUGGAGCCUCGUACAAGCGUCCUUCCCAUCUCCGACGGCACUCUCUUCUAGGAUGUAAAAACUUACCGACCAAUAAGAAAUUUGCAAGACCAAGAUUAAGAACCGAGAAUACAAGUUCUUCAAUUACACGUGUUCUCUUGUCACACCGAGCAGAUGCUGAGUUUGUUGUGGAAAAAACUGAAGAGGAUGAGGAGGCUGAUCAGGAGAAACAGAUAAAGCAUGAGGCUCAGGUUCUGGAAGAAGAUGAACAUUCCAUUUUCCCGGAUCAGGUCUCAGGAGAUCAUCAGAUCAGUAUCGUAGAGGAGGUGGAGGAGAAAGAACGGAUAGAUUGUGAGGUUGUUGAACAAGAAGUGGAGUGGAUGGAGGUUGUUGGAGAAGAAGUUGUUAUCGAUGGUCAAAUACAAUACGAAAGUUUAAACAACUAUUACUAGUACAAAUCAUUAUUUAAAUUUCAGA